AUGAAGCCAGGCUCAUUAGCUUAUCUUCCUUCACUCCCAGUUGAGCUGGUCGAGUUGGUUACAGGCAUCCUCGAAGCAGAUGGCUUAUUAGCCCUACGUCUAGUCUGUCGUGGGCUUCAAAGGAAAACGUUUCAUCACUUUGCGCAGCGGUUCUUUUCAUCCAUCAAAACCGACCUCUCUGGAGAAAGUCUAAGCCGUAUCAAUGCUUUGUCGCAGAAUGUUGCCUUGUGUCCUUACGUCAACGGGUUGGCCUUCAUGCUUCAAAAUGGUGUCGGUCGCGGUUUGGUUUGGGACCGACAUCCAUGGGGUCCUAUCUCCGCUCCUCUAGAGGUCGAAGCGAUUCGGUCUCUGCGUGAUAAUCUGAUCCAGAACUUGACUAAUUGUCGUUCAUUCUUUAUUUUUUGUCGAUACCCAGAGGGUCAUCCGGAUAUGAGCCAUGUCACUAUUACUGAUGCUGUCGCCGUGUUCUUUGCCCUGGUCGUUGAUGCUCGUCUGCCAGUUUCAUCGUUCCAUCUCAUAUAUGCCAAUAAGUACUCGCGCACCUUGAUCAUGGACAUGCGUCGUCUUCCCAAGCUUCUCUAUCGCCAACCCGAGUUCAAGCUUGUGUGGGCCAAUCUACAAAAACUCUCCUUGGAACAAUAUCUCACGUUGGAUAACUUCGGCUUCCUGCUUGAGCUGGUUCUUAGCGCUCCGAAUCUUCGGACCCUCCUGUUAAACGUUGGCUCACACGACUUGGCAUCUGAGUUCAUGCAUGAACUGGCUGAGAGUGCCACCUUUCCUCAACUGCGCGAACUCGGCUUGUUUCGAACAUCUAUGCGGGGCCCCGAUCUCCAGAAGUUACUCGCCAAUAUUCGCCCAAACUUGAUUUCACUUACAUUAUACCAUGUUUCUCUAGCGCCAGGAAGUGAUUGGGCUCCUUUUCUCGAGGAGUUAAGUCAGGGUUUUCUGGGCUUGCAAAGUAUCUCGCUGUAUUGUCUGUGGGCCAGUACGCCUGCUAAAAAUCUCCUAACCUUUCCGGACAUUCCAAAGACACCAUCACUGUGCACUUCGAAGGGCCACCAUCUCAACGUAUUUUACUCUGAAGAUCUCAAAGCUCCCACUGUCCUCGGGAUUGACUAUUCUGGGUCGAAGAUUUCACAUGUGUUGAAUUUAUUACGGACAAAGACUGAAAGACCUUGCUCACAUUAG